CUGCCAUUUACGAGCAUGUUAUUUCAGUCUGCAGGUUUAUUUAAAACGAAACGAAUUUUUGUUGUCAACAGAUUCAUUACUUGGUCAGUUUCCACCCGCGUAAACAGCUCCAAAUGCAGACGAAGCGAGCGCGACUCCCCUCGCGGCGCGCCGAUCAGAUCAGCACCACGGAGAGGGCACGGGACGGGGGAGGGAAGGCGGGCUUUUAAAAGCGUCAGAGGAGAAUCAAGAAGUCGACCUCAAUUAUUCGACUAGUAGCGAUAGACUUGUUAAACUCCCAUAGGUCCAUCAAAUGCAGCAAACAAGAGGAGCGCACGUUAAGUGAAAUAGUUUGGUUUCAACUCCGCCGAAACCCAAAGUGUUUGAAAGCAGCGCAAGGAAUAUAAACGUGUGGUGUUUGCCAUGGAUGAAGAACAUGGAGAAGAUGGAACCUCAGUGAAACCUUCAGCUGCUUUCUCUUGCCUACAGGCCCUGUUGUAAGACAAUGCUGAAAACUGAACCGCAUCUCUCCGAUGUCCUCAACUCAACCCUGGUUUUAACUUGACUGACUGUGGUUAUGAAAAUCUGCACCACGCAUUACAAGGGAAGGAAGCAAGAUGUUUGUGGAGCUGGUCGUCCGAUGGGGGGCAUGGAGCCUCAUUCUGCUGCUCCAGUCCGGGGGGGUCGCCGUGUUCGCUCGGGGCUGUCCGGCGCGGUGCGUCUGUCGCCCGGACCCCAGCGAAGUCAACUGUUCUGGGAAAUAUCUGACAUCGGCGCCAGAGGGGUGUUCGAGUGACGCCAGGCGGCUGGAUCUAUCCAGCAAUAAGAUUAAGACGCUGGGACGCCGCCAGUUCUUUGGUCUCCAACAGCUCCAAGAGCUGAACCUCAACGAUAACGUAAUCUCCAUGAUUGAGGUGGAGGCCUUCCAGGGGCUGCACAACCUCAGGACUCUCCACGUCAAGAACAACCGGCUAAAGAUCAUCCCUGUUGGAGUGUUCUCAGGCCUUUCGAACCUGCGCUUUCUGGACCUCAGCGAGAACGAGAUCCUGGUCUUCCUGGACUACACCUUCAGAGAAACUGUGAAUCUGCAGUUCCUGGAGGCGGGGGAGAACGACCUGGUGUUCAUCUCCCAGAGGGCCUUUGUGGGCCUGCAGAACCUGCAGGAGCUCAAUGUGGACCGUAGCAACAUGACCUCCAUCCCCACCGAGGCGCUGUCCCAGCUCCAGAGCCUGACACAUCUACGCAUGCUGCGGCUCUCCAUCUCCAUGCUGACCAACAACGCUUUCCGCCGGCUCCACCGCCUCCGCAGCCUGCAGAUCUCCCACUGGCCGGCACUGGACACCCUUGCCAGCAACAGCCUGAUCGGCCUCAACCUCACCUCGCUGGUCAUCAGCAACUGCAACCUCAGCGCCGUCCCUUAUGCCGCGCUCCGACACCUGGUCUACCUGCGCUUCCUGGACCUGUCCUACAACCCCAUCACCGCCAUCCAGGGCAACCUUCUAGGGGACCUGUUGAGGCUCCAGGAGCUGCAUCUAGCGGGGGGGAGUCUCCUACGAAUAGAGCCUGGGGCCUUCAGGGGACUGGCCUACUUCCGCAUGCUCAACGUGACAUCCAAUCAGCUCAGCACCUUGGAGGAGAGUGCCUUCCACUCGGUGGGUAACCUUCAGGUGCUGAGGCUGGACGCCAACCCCCUGGCCUGUGACUGCCGGCUGCUGUGGGUGGUGCGGCGGCGGUUGAGACUGAACUUUGACGGACGACAGCCCACCUGUGUGUCCCCUGAGGCGGUCCGGCAGCGAGAGUUCAGGGACUUUUCGGAGAAGGAGCUGCCCAGGAUGUUCACCUGCCGGCCUGCCCGGAUAGCCGACCGAAGGCCCCAGGAGUCCCGAGUGGAGGAAGGCACCACGGUGCUCUUCUCCUGCAGAGCCGACGGGGACCCGGCCCCGGCCAUCACCUGGAUCUCCCCCAGCAAGGCUGUGCUCAGCUCCACGGGGCGGCUCAGGGUCCUGUCCAACGGGUCUCUGGAGGUCCGCUUCGCCCAAGUGCAGGACAGCGGCGCGUACCGAUGCGUGGCAGGGAACGCGGCCGGGAACGAAACCCUGAGCGUCAACCUGCAGGUGAAAGGCUUCUCCCGCAACCGCACCCUGACCUUCUACUCAGAGGAGGCACCGUACUCCCAGGCCGCCACCACCAACUCCUCCGCUCAGAUUGCCAAGCCGUAUCCGUUCGACGCCAAGACGCUGGUCAUCGCCACCACCAUGGGGUUCCUGUCCUUCCUGAGCUCGGUGGCCAUCUGCUUCGUGUUCAUGUUCUUCUGGAGCCAGAGCAAAGGGCAGAUCAAGCACACUGCCACCAUCGACUUUGUUCCCCGCUCCUCCAUGGGGGGAGGGGGCGACGGCGCCGAUGCAGGCAGGUUCACCAUGAAGCUGAUCUGAGGCGGAGGGGGAAGAGGGGAUCAGAGGGCGUUUAAUGAGAGGAGCGUCUCCGGGAAUUACAGGUGCUCCGGAGGGACAGUUGAGGCCAUUGAGCUCCACAUCGAGAAGGCUGCGGCCCCCAUCAAGAGGCAAAUUAAAAGGAAUUUGUGUUUAAUUGCGGUGCACACUUGAAUGAAGAUCACUUCACUAGAAAUGUAAUUAACGGUGAAUAUGUGGGAGCAGGUCUGUCUCAUGUUUGCUGUGCUUAUAUUGAUCUUUACUUACGGAAAAUAAUGAAGUAUCCCCUUAACUGUCGCAUGUAGGAUUUAAUAAGAGAAGCAAUGCUGUCUUCAUAGAGUUUGGGAGCAUCACAUGUGUUGCAUGGCAAUUAAUGUUUAACUUAGCGUAAAAUAAUCAACCUGCAUAAUCAUAUAUAAAUCUAGUGUUGAUUCAUCUGCUUUCUUUGACGAGUGGUCUGAGCUGCCAAUGCAGACCGAGGAAGUACUACGCCCAUUGACCUGAGGGUCAAACUCUUUCUGCCUAGUCGUGCUCGAUCACUUCAGACGGUGUCCAGUCAGCACUCAGGCACUCUCUCACAAGAUAACAAGACGUUGAUUGAUAAUGAUAUGAGGAAUUGAGACCGUAGAGUUGCCAGCCAUUUACAGUACAUUUGGAUAGCUGUCUACUUGGCUUGGUUAUUUGAAUGUCAAUUUGACGUAUGCAUAUCGGUAAUAUGUAUAUGGUACACUGAUCCUUUGAGUGGGUGAUUGAUGGCAUACUGCAAAGUAUAAGGUAUAUCUCAUUGUAUAUAAGAAAUCAUUGAAUAUAAUUUCAUAGGUUACGCAUUUCAUAAUUAAUGCAGUUUUUUAACAAGACAACUUUAAACUUUUUUUUAAGGAUUUUAGGACAUUAGAAGAAUUACAUGCUGUUUUUAUGUUUACAGGCCCUUACUUUUAUGAUUUUUUUUACUUACAGAUUUGCGAAUAUCACAUCAAAUGCAGCACUAACAAAAACAAAUGUGCCUGGGCAACAUUGUCAUCGUGUAAUCAUUUCUAUCUUGUAUGUGGCAUACAGGUCAAGGGCGUUUUUGUACAAGGGGUUUUAUUCUCUCCAUUUGUUGAGCUCUGAGGAUUACUAAUCCUCACCAACGUCACACUCUACUCUGGACUAAAGAAAAGGUGUGGAAACGGACCGGCACACCAACACUUUGUAUUGCCAGUGGAAAAAAGGAAAGAAAGAUCACGCAAUUAACGCUGUACAAAUAUUUUUUUUCUUUUGCAAUUUUCUUCAAUUUCUAAGUUAUUGCUUGAUUGUUUUUUUUAUUUCAAAAUAUUAAAUGCUUGUAUUUCAA